CGUAGUCAUCUUGUUAUAAAUUUGUUUGCUAUAUAACACAACCAAAAUUCUAAUAGGCUUGAACACUCAUAAACUCAUCUCGACUUUCAAGCAAUGGCAGCUCAAACAAUGAAAAAGAUAUGCAGUGUAUUGAUGAUUGUAGUUUUAUUUACGAUGAUGGUUUCAACAUACGCGAAUUUGGUGGAAGUGUGUGUUAAACAUUGUGUUCCGAAUCAAUGCAUGAAAGUUUCUAACAAUGCAACUCUUCCUUUAUGUGAGACUGCUUGCAGAAAACUCUGCAAUGAAGACAACCAUUCUCAUGAGAAAUACAUCGCGCCUCGAAGUUACUGCGAUGGAUUUUUCUGGUUUCUAUGUAUGAAGCAAACUUAA